UUUCCCUCCCUCACACACACAAACACUGUGUGAAACAGUCACAAAUACGCUCACACAAAACGGCACACUGAAGGUGCGUUUGCCCGGGAGGAAGCUCGCACCAUGUCUCUCGCAGGUGUCAUUGCUGCUGUCAGGACGGCUUGGAUGUGUGCGGCGAGCUGCGAGAAAACAGUCCCGUCUCACGGCGGAGGAGGCAGGGAUUUGAUUUGAAGCUGCCUUCAAAUUCGUAUGCCGCCGCAGGUAUGAAUAUCAUCUCUUCCAAUUCAAUUAAAGUAGCUGGAUGAAGGCGGCGUUUCGUUGACUUGUGGGACUGUGGUACGGUCGGGAGAGACUGUGGGGACCAUUUAAUUAGCCCCAGACUCUCCCCUGGAGGGCUUUUUUCAUCGACUGCCUUUUUCCCGGGAAACCAAGAAAGAAUUUAACUUCAGGGAUGAUGGACUGAUGAUUAUUAAUUAAUCUGGAUGUUUUCUCCAAAGAGGACAUCGAGACAGGAAACUGCUGUUUUUUUAAUUGCAUGCACCCUCGUUGGAGCUGCGGCAGUAAAAAAAUUAAAUAAGUAUAUACUACAUUACACUACUCUUGAUACUUGAUCUUCUGUUGACCAAUGACAAGAGAAGUCAACAAACCACCAUCUUAAGAACAUUUGAUUCGUCUCAAAGUUAUGUCUGGCCUGUUGAAAUCAUUUUAAUGACAUUUUAGAAGCACUAAAAAAUUACCUUGCACCAUCAAACUGGAUCUAAACGUAUCUAGACCGCAAUCAAAUCAAUGUUUUCUCCUCGCUCCCAAAUCCCAGUCUGCCAGUUUGCAUUAUGGCACCUGUCCUCUAAUCAUCAUCUAAAAUGCUUAAUACAAUGAAUUGAACCACGUUGUCCUGCAGAGGAUGAUCAGUGCAAUGCAUCAAAACUAAUGGACUGCACAUACUGAUAUCAAGUGUACCAAGGGACGAGUCAAAAUGUUGCUGGUCAGUUGAUGUUUCCAUGAGGUCUUCACUGAAAACUAAGCCUCCCCUUUUUUUUAAUCUGCCUUUUCACCUUGGAGACCACCAACAAUCAUCGCAGUGGUUCUAAUACUGUGGCCCCAUAGUUUGCCUUCCUCCUCUUUGGAUUUUUACUUGAAGCCUUGGAUUUCGUAAUAGCAACAUGGCAUCCCCCCAACGUCAACAACUGCUGCCUCACAACACAGAGGUGAGCUGUGACUCGAGUGGUGAGGGCGUCUCAGUGAGGAUUGGGAACACUGUUAAACACAAGCACGGCGGCGGGCCACUUGGUUCCAUCGGGGGAGGAUCCAAACACUGCAAGUACAGUAUAUCCUCCAGCUGCAGUUCCGGGGAGGCAGCAGUCAAGAGGACGUUGGUCAAGAGCUUCCGCUCGCAAAGGAGGGUUCCUCAGCUUUUCGAGAGGUCCGCCGGUCACUUCUGGGACCCGAAGUUUGACUCGUCUAUCCUGGAGGAGGCAUGCAGAGAACGGUGUUUCCCUCAGACGCGACGACGUUUCCGCUAUGUGCUCUUUUACCUGUCUGCCGCCGCUAUCCUCUGGGGAUUUUAUUUUGCUGCCAACCCAUCCCGCUGCAACAGGAUAGUCUUUCUGAUCCCCACUGCAUCCUUUCUCCUUUUCUGCUGCCUCCUCUUCAUCCUUACUUUUACCAAGUUUUACUCCCGCUGCUACAGUCAAGCAUCCCUGUUGCUUAUUGUUGUCACCUUCAUGCUGACCCUGGCCCCUCAGAUCCAGACGUCAAGCUUCAGAGAUCCGCAGACUCUCGCUGAUUUGUUAGAUGUAGAUAAUUUCAGUGGGCCGACACACAAUCUAUCCUACGUAAGGAUUGUAGAUGGUAGCGCCUGCUCCGCCUGUGUCUCCCCCGUUGGUACCUUCUCCCUCUGUAUUGAGGUUCUCCUGUUGCUCUACAGUGUUUUGCAUGUUCGCCUCUUUGCUUCUGUCCUUCUCGGCUUUCUCUACUCGGUCUGUUUCGAGAUUUUGGGCUCGUUCCAUCUCACCCAGGCGGGUGGCAAUUUGAGUUUAGCCCCUGAGAAAGACCUGGAUACCCUUGGUUGGUUAGGACCAGCCAAAGCCCUGCUCCACCUGUGCGCGCACGCCAUUGGGAUCCACCUGUUCAUCAUGUCUGAAGUGCGAGCACGCAGCACCUUCCUGAAAGUCGGACAAGCUAUCAUGCACGGCAAGGACCUGGAGGUUGAGAAAGCCUUAAAGGAGCGAAUGAUCCACUCCGUUAUGCCCAGAAUCGUGGCAGAUGAUUUGAUGAAGCAAGGUGACGAGGACGCUGGCGACAGUUCUGUGAAGCGAUACUCCACAAGCGGAGCUGUUGCUGUCAUCUCCAGCCCCAAGAACAAUAAACGCAAGAAAACCUCCAUCCCUCGAGGUCAGAUCAUCUUCAGACCCUUCAACAUGAAAAGGAUGGAGCCUGUCAGCAUCCUCUUUGCUGAUAUUGUGGGUUUUACGAAAAUGUCGGCCAACAAAUCGGCCCAUGCUCUAGUGGGGCUUCUCAAUGACUUGUUCGGACGUUUCGAUCGACUGUGUGAGCUGACCGGCUGCGAGAAGAUCAGCACCCUCGGGGACUGCUACUACUGUGUGGCUGGAUGUCCUGAACCCAGGCCCGACCAUGCGUACUGCUGCGUGGAAAUGGGCCUGGGUAUGAUCCAGGCUAUUGAACAGUUCUGCCAGGAGAAGAAGGAAAUGGUCAACAUGAGGGUGGGCGUCCACACCGGCACCAUCCUGUGCGGGAUCCUCGGCAUGAAACGCUUCAAGUUUGACGUCUGGUCCAAUGACGUCAACUUAGCCAACCUGAUGGAGCAACUGGGUGUCGCCGGCAAGGUCCACCUUUCGCAAGCUACCGCCAACUUUCUGGAUGACCGCUACCAACAUGAAGAUGGCCAGGUCAACGAAAGAAUCGGACAGAGUGUGGUCGCCGACCAGCUAAAAGGCCUGAGGACCUACCUGAUUUCUGGAAGGAAACUGGAGAAGCCCCCUCCUUGUAACUGCUCCCAGUCGGCCUCUGAGCACGCCGAUUUGAGGUGCUGCACGCAGGGAGCGCACUCGUUUGAUGGAGCCCCGUCAGCCUCCAGCCUUCCCCUGCCUCCGUGUCCAUCCUGCAGUGUCGUCCUCAUACCAGGGGAUGAGAAGGUGCUGGAGGAAGGUGAUGUGAGCAAUGGCUGCCAUGAAGACCACAAGACCAGUAAUGGCAAGGACGUUUUGGGUUUGAAGAGUUCCACGGGUGUAUCUGCGGGCCUCGGCUCAAAAGCUCUGAACGGCCUGCUGAGUCCCCGGCUGGAACCUCUUAACAACAGCCAAACGUCGCUGUGCGAGAUGCUGCAGGAGAAGGAGAAGAAGACGUGGGUCGGAGGGUCCCUCGGCAUGGACCAUUCGGCGCUCAUCCCGCUGCGCUCCAAGAACUUCCGUGAGAGAAGCGAUGCCCACUUUGUGGACGUCAUUAAAGGAGACAGCCUGAUGAAGGACUAUUUCUACAGACCGCCCAUUAACAAACUGUGCCUCACUUUCCUGGAUAAGAGCCUGGAGUCUGCCUACCAGAUAAGCUACCAAGAGGAGGUGGAGGCCCCAGCAUCGACGCAAACUUUCGCCAGCCCAACGUUCAGUUCUUUUCUGGACAUGCUGCUGUGCUCUUUGGUGUUUCUGGCUUUAUCGCUGGCUUGUUUCCUUCACCCCAUCGUCUCCCAGAUGAGUCUACCCACACCGGCUCUCACCAUGACCGCCGCGGCCGCCUUGCUGGAGGGCCUGGCACUCUUGUUUGCUAUUCGUGUGGCGUUCUACCUGGACGGCGCUCUGAAGUGCACACGGACGCUGAUGAAAGCCGUGUCAGGUUGGAUGCCGCGUCACCUCAUCGGCGCCAUCACGGUGUCCCUGCCUGCUCUGGCGGUUUUCUCCCACGUCACUUGUGAUAUGCAUCACUCCAUUCAGUUCACUAUGUUCAUCUGCUGUGCUGUCAUUAUUGCUAUCAUUCAGUUCUGUAACUCUUGCCAACUCAGCUACUGGAUGCGCUCAAGCUUAGCAACUCUAGUUGGACUGGCACUUCUUUCACUGCUCUUCACAUCUCCCUGCAGAGUUGCUGCAAAUCUUUUUUUCUGGUCAGACAACCAGAGCGACAGCGGCAACGGCUCAGCUGUCAAAUACGAGAUGCAGGGUGAUGGAGACGCUGUCCACCCCAAAGACCUGCUAGGCCCCGAGGCCUGCGUGGCCUUUUUCCUGCUCCUGCUCCUCAUCUGGUUCCUCAACCGAGAAUUUGAGGUGAGUUACCGUCUCCAUUACCACGGCAACGUGGAGGCCGACCAGCACCGCAUCAAGAUCCAGAACAUGAGGGACCAAGCCGACUGGCUGCUGCGCAACAUCAUCCCCAUUCACGUGGCGGAGCAGCUGAAGGUCACGCAGAGCUACUCCAAGAACCACGACAACGUGGGCGUCAUCUUCGCCAGCAUCGUCAACUUCAGCGAAUUCUAUGAAGAGAGCUACGAAGGGGGCAAGGAGUGCUACCGGGUCCUCAACGAGCUGAUCGGCGACUUUGACGAGCUGCUGCGGACACCCGCCUUCGCCAAUAUCGAAAAGAUCAAGACCAUUGGAGCCACUUACAUGGCGGCGGCGGGCCUCAACGCUCAGCAGUGCGCCGAUGCCGCCCAUCCUCACGCUCACUUGCGCGCGCUCUUCGACUUUGCCCUGGAAAUGAUGCGCGUGGUGGACGACUUCAACAAAAACAUGCUGGGCUUCGGCUUCAAGCUCCGCAUCGGGUUCAACCACGGGCCCCUCACCGCCGGCGUCAUCGGUACCACCAAGCUCCUGUACGACAUCUGGGGAGACACGGUCAACAUCGCCUCUCGCAUGGACACCACGGGCGUGGAGUGCCGUGUACAGGUCAGCGAGGAGAGCUACUGCGUGCUCAGCGGCAUGGACUACGACUUUGACUACCGCGGCACCGUCAACGUCAAGGGGAAAGGACAGAUGAAGACCUUCCUUUACCCCAAAUGCGGCGACAGCGGCCCCGUGCCUCAAUACCAGCUAUCCGUGUCCCCGGAGAUCCGAGCGCAGGUGGACGGCAGCAUCGGACGCUCGCCGACCGACGAAAUCGCCAGCAUGGUUCCGAGCGCGGCGGCGAGCGGCAGCAUGGUGCCGAGCGCCAGUGCCGGAUCCUCCGCCAAAACGGGCCUUUGUCACGAGAGGGCCGACGGGCUUCAAUGGCGCCCUUCUGCGCAGGCCUCUCACGCCAGGCGAUCCGCUUCACACAGCGGCCUGACGUCCGUGCACGUCGACAACCUGGAGGGACCACCCUCGGUCGCCACUAGGAGCCGACUCGUCGUCUCGGUGGCGGUAAAGCCAACCCGGAAUGCGACGGCAGCGUCCCAGAAGGACAAACUCCAGGAUUCCAACAGACUCUAAGCAUUUUCGAAGCUUUUAUCACAAGCAUGCCAGUCAGGAGUGGGGAACCUUUUUCCGUUUUUAUAUGAAGUCCACCGAGGACUGAUUGCUGAAAAAUACUCUGUUUGAUAUUAGGGAGCUUGCCUUCCUAUUUUUUUUGAAAGUUGCCGUUGGUUCCGCUUGCCUCUUCCAGCCGACAGUUGGCAUUUGAAGCACCACAGUAUGGAAAAGCCCAAAGGAAAGCCUGUUUUUUUUUUAAUGCUGGAAACUUGAGCGACUGACAAUUUUAACGGCUUGUGCCAAGUCCAAAGAAGAGAGUGAUAUGACGAACCGCAUACUUGAUUAUCUCUACCUUUAAUCCAUCUUCUUUUAAGUGCCUUUAGAAUAGAAGAACUUCUAGACUCCUGCCUUUUUUUUCCAAAAACACUUAAAAGGGAACAAAAAUGCUUUAGAUGUAUUGCUUUCGAACAAGUUUUGUUGUUUUUUUUUUUUUUGGGGGUGGGGGGGCACUUUGCCUUUGAUUAUCUCCAGCUGACCUUACAUGCAGAAAGUGCUACACGAUUUCUAAGAGUGAAAUGCUUUCCUUGUUCGUCGUGAAAACACCAAAGCUGUUUCAGAGACUCGUGGAGGUGGAGCUGCAUGUUGAGUGUGCGUAACAGCAUGUACAGUAUACAUGGCGUGUGGGUUUGUGUUUUUACAUCCGUUGCAACAAGAUCAGAUGGAAAGCUAAGGGAGGACUAGAAACCUUCUUUUAUAUGUCGCUUAAUGUUUCCUUUUUUUUUCAGUUUUGUCGUCCCCCCCGCCCCCCUCCAAGUAACAUGGCAGUCUCUCUCAGCUAAUAUGUGAGAUUGAAACGCUCGCCUGAAACUCUUUCUUGUCUCUGUGAAGCAGGAAACUACACAUUUUAGAGUGACUGAAUGGAUUUUUGGAUUAGCGCAAAACUCAACUGCCCAAUUAUUAUUAUUGUGGUAACCCUUGAAAUGCUUAUGUGAAUCUUCUGUUUCUCUUAUUGAGAACAUAGAAUCUGGAUGCAUUUUGUUUUAACUGGCCGUACAUCGUUGAUUUACUUGUAGGAUUGUUGUUAUUUUUACAAUGCAGCCUCAAAAGUAAAAGUGUCUAUUAUUCAGAAACUUUCCUGGAAAAACCCACCUCAAAAGUCACAAAAAAAAACCUGGAAGGCGACGGAGUUUCAUUCCGAUUUACCCUGAAUUUGUACUUAAAGUCCACAGUCUAGCACCAAUUUUAUCUCUACUGGAAUAACAAUUGUGACAUUUAUGUAAAAUAUACAUUUGGACCCCUGUUAUUCAAGUAUAAUGCUGACGUCCAUUGAAAUGCUACCCCUAGUCCUCAAAUCACCCCAAAUUUUCCAAAAUUUCUCACACUUAGCUUCAUCCAUAAUUAGUUUCCUCCCCCCCAAACUAGUUUUUACACUUGUGGGACAUUUACUCUAAAUAUGCUUUUUGAUGUAUAGUGAUUUGCAUCACAGUUUUGAUAUUCUGAGUUUGGAUCUCAUCUCCAGCUUUCCUUUGUGUUUGCAAAAUAGAAACAAAAGCCCCAAAAAGUUUCCACGGUGUGAUCUGAAGUUAGGCUGAUUUAACGAAAUGUGUGCUCAUGGGCUAAACAAAUGAACAGUGAAAAUCAGACUGUCUUAACAUAAUCAAGCAGUGCUAACCAAAAUUAUUGAUGAAAAGAGUUUGGGGUUUUUUUUGCCCAUUUGUCAUGAUUUAUUUGACAUUGCCCUAUGCGGUGUACAUAUUUUUUUUGUAUUAUUGUGGAUAUCUUGUGCCUUUAAUUUUCCUGUCUAUGCCAACAUUAACUAUAUUAAGUAACUGAUGGAAAUGUUUUAUGUAUUUAAGUAGUGCCUUUUUUUUUUAACAUAAGUCAUUGUGAACAUACGCAAUACGUGACAUAGGCGAGCCAUACAGCUAACUUGUUUUGUCUUUUUUUUUUUUUUGUUCCCCCCCCUUUGCCUUCUAUUAUGUCCUGGAUGUAUUUUUCUAGUUUAUAGUUUUGAGCGCACCAAUGCAAAUGGAGUCAAAGGGAUUUGGUGCUAUUCAGCACAGAGUUCUCACCCAAAUGCGUAUUUAUUACCACAGUAAUUGUACGCUUCAGCAGUGAUCCAAGAAGUACGUAGUAAGUUUUGGGUAAAGUGCAUAUUUAUCUAUUCUUUAUUAAUUUUGACCAAAAAAAUUUUCCAGAUAACUCAAAAUUAGUCAUUAGCAUCAUAUUUUAAUAAGUGUUUUAAGUGGGUAAUUUGUAUCCAUUUCAUUGUUUUUUUUUUGUUUUGUUUGUUUUUUUGCUUCUUGGACAACAAACAUGAGAUUUAAGAUGUUUUGUUGUUUGACGUAAGCGGUGUUCUGAGCCAGCGUAGUGGCAUGCUGGGAAAUGUUGAUGCCAAAGAGUGUCAUCGCCGUCUCGUCUGCAUUAAAAAAGAAAAAAACGUUUUCUGCAUAUCUGAUUUGGUGAGUGCAUAGUAUAUAGCGGUACUCAGUUUUUCUGUAUGUUGAGUAUGACUUUGUAUUGUAUUGUAUUGUAUCUGCGCAUUUUAUAUUAUUUAUAUAAGCGCAUGUACUGAAUAACAAAGGAAUAGCUAUUUACCAAUGUCAAAAUAAUUUAUAGUGUGCUAAAUUGUGUUUGUGUUUUGAAAGGGACUCACUUAUUUAGCUGUAAUAAUUUAUAGCAUUUUUCCAUACAUCAUCUGUCAGAUAUUUUGUCAGUUUUUUUUUCUAGAGUCCCAACCACCCAAAUAAAGGCCCUUCUAAAUGUAAACAGUGCAAAGAGCCUGCCACACUUAUUUUUAUGA